AUGCUUCUGAACACUGGAGUCAUGCCAGUCGCUGCCCGGGCCCUGAGCCUGGCGGCGACGAACAAAGUCAGCAACGUAUCGGUGCCCUCGGACCUCUCGACGCGGGCGCUGCUGCCGGAUGCGUACGGCUACUCGAUGGAGCCGGUGUGGGUGGACGACUACCUCAAGUCGGACCUGGCAACGAACCUGAUGAGUGCCAUCGCCAACGUGACGGGCAAGCCGGCGCCGUUCCGCAUCGGCGGCAACACGGCGGACCAGACGUACCUACACCCAGACCUCAACGUCACGUCCAUCUCGAUCCCGACGCCGGCGACGGCCCAGUUCUUCAACAUCAGCCCGGCGUGGUACGACACGUGGGCCGACUACUUCCCGGAGGGCACGGAUCUGAUCUACACGCUCAACCUGCACAUCAACGAGUCGGCGUGGGCCAACGCUCUGGCGCAGGCCGAGGCGGUGCACAAGGCGCUGGGCGACAAGCUGACGCUGUUCGAGCUGGGCAACGAGAUCGACCACUUCAUCAGCAAGGGCUGGCGGGCCGAGGGCUGGAACGUGGCGCAGUACAUCGAGCAAUGGCGCAACAUCACCGACCAGAUCCUGGCCACCGACUGGUACCAGGCGGACCCGACGCCGCCCAAGUUCCAGGCGGCCGUCUUCGCGGACCCGCCGUGGGUGCCGGACCAGCAGGACGAGAUCGACGACUUCGACAUCGUCAACCUGACGGCGGGCGGGCUCGUCGACCCGGACCUGAUCAGCACCUACGCCGUGCACCUGUACCCGCAGAGCACGUGCGACACGGAGCGCUGGCUGCGCAUGCGCCUCGACCUGCUGUCCAACCACACCACCCUCUGGCUCAACGUCUCGCAGUACGUCCCGCAGGUCGCCGCCGCCGACGCCGCCGGGUCGCCGCUCGUGCUGGGCGAGACCAACUCGAUCAGUUGCUCCGGCCGCAGCGGCAUCAGCGACACGUUCGGCGCCGCGCUGUGGGGCGUCGACUACGUGCUGCUCGCCGCCAGCAUCGGCAUCGAGAAGACCUACUUCCACCUCGGCGCCCAGAGCGAGUACUCGGGCUUCACCCCCGUCGCCUACGAGUACAAGAACGAGAGCCUCGUGCCCGGCAUCCGCCCGGGCUUCUACGCCCACUACUUCCUCGCACACGUCCUCGCCCGGCCCGACGGCGAGGAACUGAACAUCGCCGCGCUACCCUCCGCCAAUAGCUCGGAUUUCAGCGGCUUCGGCAUCUACGGGGAUGCAGGGCUGAAGAAGCUCGUCUUCCUCGACAUGGGUGUUUGGAACGGCACCGAGGGCCUGAGCAACCCGAGUACGCUGUCCGUCACCGACGGCACGCAGUUCAGCAACGGCACCCGCCCGACCCGCCUCCUCAGCGCCGCGACCGAGUGGGACGAGGGCGCCGCCGUCAGCGUGCUGCGGCUGAGCGCCCCCGGCACAAACGCCAAGAGCGACGUCACCGUCGGCGGGGUUACCUUCGACACCAGCUCCGGCGCGAAGGUCGGCGAGGAGGAGCUGGAAACCGUCACGGUGGGUGCGGGCGGCGUGGUGAGCCUCGAGUUGGUCCAGGCGGAGGCGGUGCUGCUGGAGCUGGCGGCUUGA